AGGAUUUGGAGUGCAGUCCAGGUCUUCCAGUGGGGGCCCUGAAAGGGGACGGCUUUGAAAGGCAGCCGCUCACAAGAAAGUAAGAAGGAGGAGUUUGUUCCAGUACCUGACAGGCUGCUUUGUGCAUCAGGCGCUGUGAGGCAGGGAGGAGAAUUUUCCAGCAUUAUGGAGAAGGAUCCAGAAGAUGAAGAAAAUAUCUCUGGCCAUCCAAGCUAAGUGCAGUCCAACAUGUGAGGGACGGAGUCCCUGGCUAGGAGUCUGCAGACUUGGCUUUGUGAGCUGCAGAGAUUUAUAACUGAAUGCAGGGGUCUUUCACGGUUGGAACGCAAAACUCAAGCCUGAGCAUGAUGAACUGUUGGCUUUCUCGAGCUCCUGCGAACAGACAAGCAGUGGAUUGGAAUAAAUAUGACGACCGGUUGAUGAAAGCUGCCGAAAGGGGGGAUGUGGAGAAAGUAUCUUCAAUUCUGGCCAAAAAGGGUGUCAAUCCAGGCAAGCUAGAUGUGGAAGGCAGAUCUGUCUUCCAUGUUGUGGCCUCCAAAGGGAACCUGGAGUGUCUGAAUGCCAUCCUUAUUCAUGGAGUUGAUAUUGCAACCAGUGACACUGCGGGGAGAAAUGCUCUCCACCUGGCUGCUAAGUAUGGACAUGCAUUGUGCCUGCAAAAGCUUCUUCAGUACAACUGUCCCACUGAGCACAUGGAUCUACAGGGAAGAACCGCACUUCAUGAUGCAGCAAUGGCGGACUGCCCUUCUAGCAUCCAGCUGCUUUGUGACCAUGGGGCCUCUGUGAAUGCCAAAGACAUAGAUGGGCGGACACCACUCGUUCUGGCUACGCAGAUGUGUAGGCCGACGAUAUGUCAACUGCUGAUAGACAGAGGGGCAGAUAUUAAUUCCAGAGACAAACAAAACAGAACUGCUCUCAUGCUGGGUUGUGAGUAUGGUUGCAAAGAUGCCGUGGAAGUCUUGGUUAAAAAUGGUGCUGAUGUGACCUUGCUGGAUGCCCUUGGCCAUGACAGUUCUUACUAUGCAAGAAUCGGUGACAACCUGGACAUCCUAACCUUGCUGAAGACCGCGUCAGAAAACACCAGCAAAGGGAGAGAACUUUGGAGGAAAGCACCAUCUUUGCAACAGCGGAAUUUGCACAUUCAAGAAGAAGGAACCAUGAAGUCAAAUCAGAGGGAGCAUCAAAACUAUCAGGAUCUGGAGAUUGAAAAUGAAGAUUUGAAGGAAAGGUUGAGAAAAAUUCAGCAAGAACAAAGAAUAUUAGUGGAUAAAGUCAAUGGUUUACAGUUACAGCUGAAUGAGGAAGUGAUGGUGGCUGACGAUCUAGAAAGUGAGAGAGAAAAACUGAAAUCUCUUUUGGCAGCCAAAGAAAAGCAACAUGAAGAAAGCUUAAGAACUCUUGAGGCUCUGAAAAACAGAUUUAAAUAUUUUGAGAGUGACCAUUUAGGAUCUGGAAGUCACUUCAGUAAUAGAAAAGAGGACAUCCUUCUUAAACAAGGUCAAAUGUAUGUGACGGACUCACAGUGCGCUUCCCCGGGCAUGCCAGCUCAUAUGCAAAGCAGGUCUAUGUUAAGACCAUUGGAGCUCUCUUUACCCAGUCAGACCUCAUAUUCCGAAAAUGAAAUUCUAAAGAAAGAAUUAGAAGCAAUGCGAACUUUCUGUGACUCAGCGAAACAAGACCGCCUGAAACUCCAGAAUGAAUUGGCUCACAAAGUAGCAGAGUGCAAAGCCUUGGCCUUGGAGUGUGAACGUGUCAAGGAGGACUCGGAUGAACAGAUAAAGCAGCUGGAAGAUGCCUUAAAAGAUGUGCAGAAAAGGAUGUAUGAGUCGGAAGGGAAAGUCAAACAGAUGCAGACCCACUUCCUCGCCCUGAAGGAGCACCUGACGAGCGAAGCGGCCGCAGGGAGCCACCGACUCGCCGAGGAACUGAAGGAGCAGUUGAAAGAUAUGAAAGCAAAGUACGAAGGUGCUUUGGCAGAGGUGGGGAAGCUUAGAAACCAGCUCAAACAGAAUGAGAUGCUGGUAGAAGGGUUCAAGAGAGACGAAGGCAGGCUGGUGGAAGAGAACAAGAGAUUGCAACAGGAAUGCAGCACGUGCGAGAUGGAGCGAGAGAGGAGAGGGCGAACGGUCACGGAGAUGGAGGGCCAGCUAAAAGAGUUGUUGGCAAAGCUGGCCCUCUCCACUCCGACGGAGAAAUUCGAAAGCAUGAAGACUUUAUUAUCUAAUGAAGUCAACGAGAAAGCGAACAAGAUAGUGGUGAUGGAAAGAGAAUAUGAAAAAUCGCUUGGUGAGAUUCGACAGCUGAAGAGGGAGCUCGAGAAUGUUCGGGCCAAGCUCACUCAGCAUGUCAGGCCAGAGGAACAUGAACAACUCAGGAACAGAUUGGAGCAGAGGUCAGCAGAGCUAGGGAGGAAGGUCACCGAGCUGACCCUAAAAAAUCAGACCCUACAGAAGGAAAUGGAAAAGGUCCAACUAGACAACAAACUGCUCACCCAGCAGGUGCAUAACCUCACUACAGACAUGAAAACGCACUAUGUCCCUAUCAAAGUCAGGGAAGAAAUGAAGAGGUCACAUGAAGCCAGCCUUGAGGACUUGAAUAAAAAGCUUUCGGAUGUAACACAGCGUUACGCUGAGAAGAAACUGGAAACGGAGAGGCUUCUGGUAGAGAACGACAGGUUAAAUAAGAAUGUCAGCCGCCUGGAAGCUGGGUUUGUAGCUCCUGAAAAGGAGAUCAUGGCUCUGAAAUCCAGUAUCGUUGAACUCAAAAAGCAGCUAUCUGAACUUAAUAACAAACAUGGUGAGGAGCAGGAGAAAAUCCAGGCGCUCAUGUCUGAAAACACUACCUUGAAAAAGAGUCUGGGAAGCCAGUAUGUGCCCAUCAAAACCCACGAGGAGAUGAAGGCUUCCCUGAACAGCACCAUAGAUAAAACUAACAGAGAGAUGCUCAACCUGAAGAAGCAGGUGGAAGACGUGAGUCAGGAAUGUGUCAGAAUAAGAGAUGAGAAUGAGGUGUUGAAGAGGAACUUGGAGAAUACCCAGAACCAGAUGAAGGCGGACUAUGUGAGCCUCGAGGAACACUCGGGUAAGCUGAGCAAGGCUAAUCAGUGCCUGAAGGAGGCACAGGACGCGAAGGCCACCAUCCUAGCUGACUACCACCGCAGCCAGGAGGAGAUCCUGACCCUGCACGCUGAAAUUAAGGCCCAGAAGAAGGAGCUGGACACAAUCCAAGAAUGCAUCAAGCUGAAAUACACCCCCCUGGUGCGCCUGAAAGAAUGUGAGGAGAAGUUCAAAGUCACAGAGAAAGAACUGAAGGAGCAGCUGUCAGAACAGACCCUCAAGUGUCGUGUUGCAGACGAAGAGGUGAAGAAGAGCAAGCGGGACAACGAGAGGCUGAAGAAGGAGCUUGCCACCCUUCAGAAAGAGUUAGAGGAGAAGAACAUUCUAGUGGAGAGCUACCGGGAGAAGGAAAGAACGCUGAGCAGGAAAGCGGACGAGUUCAGCCAACAGCUGAAGGCCCUGUCCCAGAAAUACACAGACUUGCAGAAUGAGAAAGAGAAGCUGGUGGAAGAAAAGGCCAAGCACACCUCUGACAUCCUCGCAGCCCAGAGUCUCUGGCAAAAACAGCAUGUCCCGCUGGAACAGGUGGAGGCUCUGAAAACGUCUCUCAAUGGCACCAUCGAGGACUUAAAGGAAGAAGUGAGGAACGUGCAGUGGUCUUACGAGAAAGAGCAGCAGACAGUGAGCAGGCUUCAGCAACUGCUGGAGACUCAGAAGAGCUCCUCCGUGCCCCUGGCCGAUCACCUGCAGGUUAAAGAAGCCUUCGAGAAAGAGGUGGGGAUCAUGAAAGCCAGCCUGAGAGAAAAGGAAGAGGAAAGCCGGAACAAAACCGAAGAGGUCUCCAAACUGCAGACUGAGGUUCAGAGCACCAGGCAGGCGCUGAAGAAACUAGAGACCAGAGAGGUCGUCGAGUUGUCAAAGUAUAAAGCCAGGAAGGAUGAUUUAGAGACCCAGAUUUCCAGCUUAAAUGAGAAACUGGCCAAUCUGAAUAGGAAAUACGAUGAGGUGUGUGAGGAGGUUUCACAGGCCCAAAAGCAAGACAAGAAGGAAUUAUCCCAUCUCAACAUCGAGCAGGAGAUCCAGGACCAGAAGGCACGGUGUGACAAGUCCCUCACCACCAUCAUGGAACUGCAGCAGCGAAUACAGGAGUCCGCUCAGCAGAUCGAAGCGAAGGACAACAAGAUAACUGAACUGCUUAAUGACGUAGAAAGACUAAAGCUGGCACUCAACGGUCUUUCCCAGCUCACAUACACCAGUGACAGUACAACCAAGCGGCAGAGCCAGCUGGUUGACACCCUACAGCACCAAGUGAAGACUCUGCAGCAGCAACUGGCUGAUGGUGACAGACAACACCAGAAGAUCAUUGCUAUCUACAGGACUCACCUGCUCAGUGCCGCUCAGGGUCACAUGGAUGAAGAUGUUCAGGCGGCCUUACUUCAGAUCAUACAGAUGCGACAGGGCCUGGUGUGCUAGUCAGAGCCCUCCUGCAGUCUUUGGCUUUGUCCUGCUGGUGCUGAGCAUUCUGGGUGCAACUCCGUGGCUCUUAUGGGCCUUGCUCUGAGAGUAUAAUUAAAAUAAAAUAUAUUUUGUUCCAUUGUA